AUGGCCACGCCCGUCACCGACGAGAUCCUCCCCUCGCCGGAGGUCUCGCUGGCGAGCCCAGCCUCGUCAGCCGGCCAAAUUGCUCUCGAACAACCCCCAAAACUCAAGGGCCGCCAGAAGUUGCUGCAGAGUCUCCAGCGCAUGUCGUCCAGCCCGACGCUAACCCGCCGUGGGCGAUCGGCAUCCACUGGUUAUCGGCGGGACCACAAGGCGUCCUUAUCGUGUGUCUCGUUAUCGUCCGCUGCAUACUCCCCAUGUCUGGGCAACGGCAGCUCCCCGCAAGUCUAUGGGGGCCUCAAUCCCCGACCGGCCACUCCGGGCUGCUCCGGCGCGUCGGGUGAGUUGGAGGGCAGCAACGCUCGGAUCCGCCUCGUGGGCACCGAUACCCCAACGGCCUCGCGAACCGUCCCCUUGCCCUUCGACUUGAGGCCGACCUCGGGGGUUCUCCUCGAAGCGGCCCGCACGCUUGAUUUCUGGGGUGAUAUGCCGCAAGAGUUGAAGAUGGAGGUCUUUCGGUACUUGACUCCCCGUGAAAUUGUGCGCUGCUCGGCAGUGUCGAAGAUGUGGAAUGAGAUGUGCUACGAUGGACAGUUGUGGUCCAAGGUGGACACGGCCGAGUAUUACUCGAAGAUUCCGAGCGAUGUUCUGAUUAAAAUCCUCACAUCGGGUGGGCCUUUCGUUCGCGACCUGAACUUGCGAGGCUGCAUCCAGUUAAAGCACAAAUGGUCCUCGGAUGGAGAGCGGAUCUCGGAUUUGUGCCGGAACCUGGUCAGUUUUUCGCUGGAAGGAUGUAUCAUCGACAAGACGUCCAUCCACUACUUCCUGCUGCGGAACCCGCGACUGGAGUACAUCAACGUCUCAGGCCUCAAGAACGUGACCAACUCUGCCAUGAAAAUCAUCGCUCAAUCUUGUCCUCUGUUAGAGACGUUGAACAUCUCCUGGUGCAACAAUGUCAACACCAAUGGAAUCCUCCGAGUCGUCCAGUCCUGUGAGCGGCUGAAGGAUCUGCGCGCCAGCGAGAUUCGUGGAUUCGACAAGGAAGAUAUCACCCUGGCCUUGUUUGAGCGCAAUACAUUGGAACGACUGAUCAUGAGUCGCACCGAUCUGACCGACCAAAGUUUGAAGGUGCUCAUGCACGGUGUCGACCCAACCGUCGACGUGCUCACCGAUCGGCCCGUCGUCCCGCCUCGGCGAUUGAGACACUUGGAUAUGCAUCACUGCUCAGAUAUCACCGACGAUGGCCUGAAAAGUCUAGCCUACAACGUCCCUGACUUGGAGGGCCUGCAAAUCUCGCAGUGCUCGGAGCUGACCGACGACGCCAUCAUCGAUGUCAUCCGCACCACGCCCAACCUCUCUCACUUGGAAUUGGAAGAUCUGGAGAAUCUGAGCAAUAGCGUUCUUGUUGAGCUCUCCAGGUUCCCCUGUGCGCGGCAUCUCGAGCACCUGAACAUCAGCUACUGCGAAAAUCUCGGUGACACAGGCAUGCUGCAAAUCAUGAAACACUGCCCGAAGCUACGCUCCGUCGAAAUGGACAAUACCCGCGUCUCCGAUCUGACCCUUAUGGAAGCGAGCUUCCGUGUCCGGAAGCGCGGCUAUGGCGAUGAACUUUCUAAAGUUGGCUUGCGGCUGGUUGUCUUUGACUGCGCCAACGUCACCUGGGCAGGCAUCAAAGAAGUCCUAUCGAGCAAUGCAUACAUCCCACGCGCCCGCAAGUCUAUCUCGCCGUCAGCUGCUAUUGUAACCGUCACCCACGCAACCUCAGACAGCGAUUCACCAAUGACUACCACCUUUGUCACGCCGACUUCCACCCCGUCGCCAUCGUCGACCUUUCCAGCCGAGAUUAUUCAGCUCAAGUGUUUCUACGGCUGGCAGAUGACCGUCGACGAGCACACAAAGCGCGUCCUGCGCGGUGACCUCGUUGCUGCUAGUCGUCUCGACCGCAAGUGGGCAGACUACAUGAUGGCCACCGAAGAAGCCGGUGCUGCCGGUGCAGGUGCACGACGUCGACGACGCCGUGCCCGGGAAGCAGAGAGACUGUAUAACGCCGACGAAGAGGACGAUGGCUACGGUGUUGGCGGAAUUUCUGCGCUUGGUGGCCGGCGCCGCCGUGCUCAGAGUGGUGGUAGUUGUGCGGUGAUGUGA